ACUGGGUAUGUUGUACUUGUUAUACUUCCUUAAAAUGGAAAUGUCAUGCAUAUUACUUGUUACAUAAAUACUUUUGACAUUUUUUUCAUACUUAAAAGCAUAGUUAUGGACCUAUGAUAAGGCAUGUAAACCACUAUUACCUGCAGGCACAGAUGUGCAAGGAAAUCAAAGUGAACCCAAACUUUAGAACAACUUACAUCCAAUCUGGGACGAAUCUGGAUCAAAUGCGAAACACACUAUCUGUGGUUGCGGCUCUUUUGGCAACAAUUACAUUUGCGGCUGGAUUCACGCUCCCGGGUGGUUUUGAUAAUGAAACUGGCAAUACCAUUCUGGCAAAGAAACCAUCAUUUAUAGUGUUCUUACUAUCAGAUGCAUUUGCCAUGUGCACAUCCAUGCUCGUCUUGUUUUGCUUGAUAUGGUCCAUGGUUUCUAACCAUGAGAGAUCAUAUUUAUUGGUUGAUCGCUGUGUGUGGAUACUUAUGCUAUCCCUGAUUGGCACAAUGGUGGCAUUUAUAACCGGUACCUAUACGGUAAUAGACCGUAGCUCGUUGUGGGCAGCCAUAUUUUUGGUCGUCAUGUGCUCUUUGUUUAUAACUGCAACGAUUUCUAUCAUCUUGCAAAACAUUUUGCGUAAGGUACUUACAAAGUUAAUUCUUUCGACAAACCAAAAGCGGAAAGAUGGAAUCAGAUCGCUUGAAGAGGGAAUACAACUUAUUUCAGGAAAUGAUGACACUCAGAAUGUCGGGGGGAAUAUGCAAUGAUCCAGCUGAAGUCCCAUUGCUUGA